UCUGUUGUAGCCCGUGCGCAAGACAGACACUAGAAUGGCAGAAGCUGCUCCAGCCCCCGCUGCUGCCCCUGCAAAGGCCCCCAAGAAGAAAGCAGCACCCCGACCCAAGAGAACUGGACCGAGUGUUGGAGAACUAAUCGUCAAAGCUAUUUCUGCAUCUAAAGAGAAGAAAGGAGUUUCUUUGGCUGCACUUAAGAAGGCUUUGGCGGCUGGUGGAUACGACGUGGAAAAGAACAACGCGCGUGUAAAGGUGGCCAUUAAGAGUCUUGUUACUAAGGAAACGCUGGUUCAGACUAAAGGAACUGGCGCCUCCGGCUCCUUCAAGCUGAACAAGAAGCAGGCAGAGGAGAAGAAGAAGCCCGUUAAGAAGGUAGCACCUAAAGCCAAGAAGCCAGCAGCGAAGAAACCUGCUGCAGCCAAGAAGCCUGCUGCAGCAAAGAAGGCUGUAGCCGCUAAGAAGUCUCCGAAGAAAGCGAAGAAACCCGCCACACCUAAAAAGGCAACAAAGAGUCCCAAGAAGGCCAAAAAGCCCGUCACACCUAAGAAGGCAGCGAAGAGCCCCAAGAAAGUCAAGGCAGCUAAACCUAAGGCGGUCAAGCCUAAAGCUGCUAAACCCAAAGCGGCAACCCCUAAAGCUGCUAAACCUAAAAGGGCUGCUUCUAAGAAGAAGUAAAUGUUGUGCGCCCUGCCCUGUCAAUGUUGUCACUUUAGACGCAAAGGCUCUUUUAAGAGCCACCCCAAAAGAAUCAUUUGAAUGCAUCUGUUCCGACAAUAGCAGUGGUAAUUAGUCCAAUUUAUGCUUGAAGCUCAUGCUACGUUUGCAAUAUUUUCAGUUGAAGAUGUUAGUCUAUCACCGUUUUAAAGCAGACAGAACACACUGCCAUUUAAAUGGCAAAACUUCCAUUUCCAAGGCUGUUUUGCCAUUUGGAACCAAGCUUUAGCAAUAUAAGAGCCACAGGUGAGCUCCUGGUUUGGAGAACAAUAGAUGGCAACACAGAAGUGAGAGGUGAUUAGAGAGGCAGAGGAAUGAG